UUUUUUUAUACUAUCUUAUAAAUUCAAAACAUAGAGAGGAUGUGAGACGGAAGGUGUAUUGAUGCAUAUGUAGAAUGCUUGUAAAUUGUGGAUUAUGAUACCAAACUGUAUUGAGCUCAGUAUCCAGAUUUUGUGAUUGAAGUGGUAAAAGACUGAACUUGAGCAUAAAGAAAAAUAAUCAAACCAUUGUGCUGAAAGCAGGCUAUCCAGUUCAGUUUUCAAUGCUAUAUGCUAAUGAGAAUACGUUAAAAAAGAGAAGUGACGACACGUCGUUUUUUCUUCACUAACUCGAAAUGAAUCGCUGAUCCGGUCCAAAACUAAACCCUGAACCAACCCAUCAUACCGGGCAGGACCGGGUUCUGUUUGAAUUUGCCAAAGCCCUUCAAAAACCUAGAAGAAACCUUAAAAAGAAUAUCUCAGAAAUCAAAAUAAAUUCUGAAAAUGGAGAAAAAAUUCAGUCUGAUUCAAACAAUUGCCUCUGCCGCUGCAUUCUCUGCUGUUUCCGGAUGGUACGGAUUCAUGUUCGGAAGAGAAUCUGCUCGCAAGGAGCUGGAAAAAUUAAUCGAAGAUCUUCGCCGAGGAGAUUCACCUUCUCCUCCUCCUCAUUCUUAAUCGGUCCAUUUCUGAACUGUGGAAUUUUCAUGGUGGUUGGGCAUAUUCAGAUGCUUGGAUCAAGUUGUCAGUAAGAAGUGGAGAGAAAGAAUGGAACUGUCGCCAAUCACUAUUAAGUGUUGAACUGAAUCAAACUCAUUGCCGAGGUUUCUAAAAGCUGCUCCAUUGCCGAUUUCUUGCACCAUAUUUUUAAUGGAUUCUUACAUUACGUUGUCCAUUACUGAGGAUGUGUUUUUUCUGUAAAUGGUUGUCAUCAAACCAUAGCAUUUUGAUAAUGGUGCAGAUUUCUUCUCCUUUUCCUGGGAAGUUUGUAUUUUGUUGAUCUUAAGACCUGUUGGCAAUUAGCUGUGAGUGCUAAAAAUUUUAACUGUAUUAUGGGUCCAAUGACUUCCAAUUAUAGUGUUUUUGACAACAUAUUUGGUAUAAUUGAUUCCAGGAAUUUAUUAAUUUUCGAAUAAGAGGAUUGCCAACCCUGAGUACUUUGAAGGUGAUGCUCUCGAAGUUGCAUCAGUUGAUCACUUGAGUUUUAAGUAGUGUUUGAACAUCAUCACUAUUGAUUAUAUAGAAUAAAGAAUGAGUUGAAAGCCAUAA